AAUAAUAAUAAUAAUAAUAAUAAUAAUAAUAAUAAUAAUAAUAAUAAUAAUAAUAAUAAUAAUAAUAAUAAUAAUAAUAAUAAUAAUAAUAAUAAUAAUAAUAAUAAUAAUAAUAAUAAUAAUAAUAAUAAUAAUAAUAAUAAUAAUAAUAAUAAUAAUAAUAAUAAUAAUAAUAAUAAUAAUAAUAAUAAUAAUAAUAAUAAUAAUAAUAAUAAUAAUAAUAAUAAUAAUAAUAAUAAUAAUAAUAAUAAUAAUAAUAAUAAUAAUAAUAAAAAUAAUAAUAAUAAUAAUAAUAAUAAUAAUAAUAAUAAUAAUAAUAAUAAUAAUAAUAAUAAUAAUAAUAAUAAUAAUAAUAAUAAUAAUAAUAAUAAUAAUAAUAAUAAUAAUAAUAAUAAUAAUAAUAAUAAUAAUAAUAAUAAUAAUAAUAAUAAUAAUAAUAAUAAUAAUAAUAAUAAUAAUAAUAAUAAUAAUAAUAAUAAUAAUAAUAAUAAUAAUAAUAAUAAU